AUGGCCUCCCGUGUCCUUGUCUCUGGUCUCCCCCGGUCCCUCCCUCCCCUACCUACGGGGCCUACCCCUACCUGCGGUCACGAGCGUUACUUCCUGUUGGUGGUUGACGACUACUCGCGUUACACCACGGUGUUCCCCUUGCGCAGCAAGGGUGACGUCAUUGAGGUGUUGAUCGACUGGAUCCGCGCAGCUCGUCUUUGGCUCAGAGAGAGUUUCGGCUCGGACUUUCCUGUUCUGCGUCUGCACUCUGACAGAGGCGGAGAGUUUUCCUCUGCCCGUCUGGGAGCCUUCUCUCGUGCACAGGGCAUCCGCCAGACCUUCACGCUUCCGGCCUCUCCACAGCAAAAUGGGAUUGCUGAGCGCCGCAUUGGCAUGUACGCAGCGCAUCAGCUCAACCUUCAGCCCCGGGUCUCCUUGCCACAGACCUCCCCCACCUUGCGGUGGACGGGGAAGGUUGGCGAUGUGUCUGCGUUUUGGGUCUGGGGAUCUCGGGCGUUUGUCCGCGACUUGUCUGCGGACAAGCUGUCCCCCCGUGCUGUUCCCUGCGUCUUCCUUGGCUUCCCCCCUGACGUGCUUGGUUGGCAGUUUUACCACCCCUCCUCGCGCCGUGUUCUGUCCUCCCAGGACGUCACCUUUGACGAGUCGGUGCCUUACUACCGUCUCUUCCCCUACCGCAAUGCCCCCCUCCCCCCGCCGCCGCUCUUCCUUACGCCAGGUCCUCCCCCAGUAGACCCCCUCCCCCCUCAGGGUCCUGCCCCGUCAGGUGUGUCCCAGGUAGACGCAGUUGAGCCUUUCGAAGAAGUUGUUGACUCUGGUGCUGCUAGGGGCGCUGAGCCUACGGGUGCCGGGUCUUGGGGUGCGGAGCCUAGGGGUGCUGAGUCUAGGGGUGCUGAGCCUGGGGGUGUUGAGUCUAGGGGUGCUGAGCCUGGGGGUGCUGAGUCUGGGGGUGCUGAGCUUGGGGGUUCGGAGCCUGGGGGUGCUGGGUCUGCUCGUGUGGACUCUGGCGGUGCUUCGUCGAGGCGGGAGCUACUCUCUCUGCAGGAGUUGCGCGAGUGGUUUUACCGGCGCUGGAGCCGUGCUGCUAGAGCUGGAGGUACUACUAUUGCUGCUGGUCCUGGAGGUUCUUGUCCUGGCGGUUUUGGAGCUGCUGGGACUGGGAGUCCUGCUGGAGGUACUGCUAGAGCUGCUGGCGGUACUAGAUCUGACGGUCCUGCUGGAGUUGGUGCUACUGGAGCUGCUGGAGCUGUUGGAGCUGGAGCUGCUGGGGGUGUUGGCGCUGGUGGUUCUGCUGGCGCUGGUGCUUCGCAGGGUGCUGGAGUUGGCGCUGUUGGAGCUAGAGGUGCUGCUGGCGUUGGUGCUGCCGUUGGGGGUACUGGUGCUGUCCCUGCUGGUUCUGGAAUCACUUUGCGGCCGAGGCCGUACUUCGUUCCGCUCCUUGAGCAGGUUCUUGGUCUCCCGCCCUCUACUGGUCCAGCUCCUCCCUUAGCGUGUCCACAUCUUAUCCAGUUGCGGUCACAGUUACAGCCCGCCUCCCCCCUGCCUGCUCCUUCUCCCUACACUUGUCCUACUGGAGGUCUUCCUGAGCGUCGUGAGCCUGCGUCUCGUCCUGUGUCGCGUUCCUCUCUUCCUACUCUUACUGACCCUGAGUCUGACUCUCUUCGUGCUGCCAGUCCUUCUGUCACGCGCCUCCUGGCUACUGUUGUCACUAACCCUUCUUUUGAGUCCACUGCUGCGUCUGCCUUAGUUGCUGAGCUUGUCGACUUUGCUGCUCGCUGUCGUCUAGACUACGCUACUAGUCUUGUUGCUGAGUCUGGGUCUGUCUGUCCUCCGUCCGUCGGGGGUGAGUGUGCUCUUAUUACGGACGUCCUUGAGGAUAGGCAGGAGGAGUUCCAGUGUUUUGCUGCUGCUUUGCCUCAUCGCAUGUCCACGCUGAUUGCCCCUAAGGGAGACCCAGAUGCACCAGACAUCCCGACGCCUCGAUCGUACGCUAAGGCGAUCGAGGGUCCCUACUCCUCUCAUUGGCAGUCAGCCAUGGACGCAGAGAUGGCUUCCUGGAAGUCCACAGGCACCUACGUCGACGAGGUUCCCCCACCUGGGGCGAACAUCGUCAGUGGCAUGUGGAUUUUCAGGGUGAAGCGGCUGCCGGGCUCUCCGCCUGUCUUCAAGGCGCGUUACGUGGCUCGAGGCUUCAAUCAGCGGCAGGGAGUUGACUACUUUCAGACCUUCUCCCCCACCCCGAAGAUGACCACUCUUCGGGUGCUGCUGCACAUAGCCGCUCAGCUCGACUACGAGCUUCACUCUCUUGACUUCAGCACAUCUUUCUUGCAGGACAGCCUGCAUGAGGAGAUCUGGCUGUGCCGCCCACCUGGCUUCACUGGGUCGUUUCCUCCUGGUACCCAGUGGAGCCUCCGGCGGCCAGUCUACAGUCUCCGCCAGGCGCCCCGUGAGUGGCACGACACACUGAGGACUAUACUUGCGGCUCUUGGGUUUGCUCCGUCUACUGCCGACCCGUCGCUGUUUCAGCGCACCGACACCUCCUUGACGCCGUUCUACAUCCUCGUGUACAUGGACUUGGACUUUGCCACAGCUGACACUGAUGGACUCGCCCACGUGAAGUCCGAGCUGCAGAAGAGACACACGUGCAGAGACCUGAGUGAACUGCGUAGCUACCUUGGCUUGCAGAUCACCCGGGACAGAGCACAGCGCACCAUUACCCUGACUCAGUCACACAUGGUGUAG